UUGGAGCUGCUUUCUCCGGCCUUCUCAUCUGCUGCUCACCCGCUUUUGGUAGGGAAAGGCCCAGGAAAUGACUGCUGUCCCAUUGUGCAGGAAACUGAGACUCAGAAGUAAUGAGGAGACUCGACUAGGAACGCACAGCGAGGUCAGAGCUGACCAAGAAUCAUUCAGAAGCCAAGCCAUGGAUCCACCUGCCCGGAAAGAAAAAUCCAAAGUUAAAGAACCUGCCUUCAGAGUGGAGAAGGCUAAGCAGAAAUCUGCCCAGCAGGAGCUUAAGCAAAGACAAAGAGCAGAGAUCUAUGCUCUCAACAGAGUCAUGACGGAGCUGGAGCAGCAGCAGUUUGAUGAGUUCUGUAAGCAAAUGCAGCCUCCUGGGGAGUGAGGCAGCCUGCACCUGAGCCAGAGGCCCUGAAGCCUCAGAGUAGCUGAAGAAGACCCGUGGAGAGCUCUGCACUGACUUCCUGUAGGUAACUUCACCACACCGGUUCCUCCUCUCAGACCAGGCCCAGUGCUUGCUGGGUAGACUUUUCAUCUGGGACAGCAGAUUUUUUUUUUUUUUUUAACGGCCUUUUUUCUACUAUGUGAGAAAAAUCAUUGUUUCUAGUGAAACUGUGUGUCUUCCCUAAAAAUAAAAAAAUACAAAAUGUU